AUGCUCUUCCAAGCAUACAAAAACCUCUCUUCAACUAUGCGCAUCGGCGUUGGCGUCGGCAUCAUCGCCUGGGGCGCCAUCGGCCUGUAUCUCUCGGAUCGCGCCGAGGAAAGGUACGGCCUUACGCCUUCGGAGGCGGAUAAGGCGGCCCUCGAAAAGGUGACGCCUAAGAUCUUGGUUGUCGAUCGCCCCAAGGGCGAGUGA